AUGGACGGGGAGCAGUACGAGUUUCCGUUCCUACAGGAAGUUUAUACCCCACACGAUGCUGCAAAAGUCGACUUCGUUUUUGUUCAUGGGCUGAAUCCUCGUGGUCGGAAUGAUCACCCUUUCGAGACAUGGAGGCAUGCGAACGGCAAGUUCUGGCCGACGGAUUUCCUGGCCGAAGACAUGCCGUUCGCUCGCGUGUUUGUUUAUGGUUAUAACUCCAAUAUCACCAACGCUCAAACUAUGUCGACGGCCAGCAUCAAGGACCAUGCGAACACACUUUUGAAUCUUUUGGAUAUGGAGCGAGACCCCUCGAUGUAUUCAUUGCCACCGAAGAUCAUUUUUAUUGGACACAGUCUCGGUGGCUUGGUUAUAAAGCAGGCACUUCUCAAUGCAAAGGAGGACCCCAAGUACAACUCUAUCCGCACAGCUACAUCUGGGCUUGUCUUCUUUGGAACUCCGCACCGAGGCGCGAAAGCUGUUGAGCUGGGAAAGAUCGCGGCUAGGGUAGCGCGAUUUAUCUCAAAAGGCCAAGCUAGCAAUGACCUUCUUGAUUGUUUGGAACACAACUCCCUCUUCACGCGACAAAUGUCCGAUCGAUUUCGACACCAGCUAGAGGACUACCGCGUUGUCAGUUUCAUUGAGGGAAAGGAAGUCCAAAUCGCAGGUGUGGGUCCGGCAUCUCUCAGCCAUUUGGUCGUGGACGAAGAGUCCGCCGUCCUGGGUCUUUCUGGAUUGCGCGAAACCCAACUAAAGCUCGAUGCAGACCAUUCGCAGAUGUGUAAGGUAGCAGCCCGGGGUCCCAUGUACAAGCUCAUUAAGGGAAACAUCAAACAAUUAGUUGACCAGGCUAUGCUGGCGGAUCAAGGAUUUAUCCCUCAAGCGACACCUCAUCCGGCAGCAGGUCGAUCCCCGCCUCCGGUACCACCUCGCAUGCAUUCCAACAGCAGUACACCAUAUGCACCCCCUGGACGAUCCAGUGAGCCGGCACAGAGAAUAACGGGGACAAUAUUUGUUGCUCUGGAUAGGGACCCCCGAUCUAUAAGGUCUGCAGAAUUGAAAAACGUUGCGAAAUGGGAAGAAGCUCGGAAGAUCGAUUAUGAGGUCUUCCAGGAAUAUCUCAGAACGCUUGGUGCAGAUCAUAUCAGCACCUUGACCAUGGGAUAUCAGUUGGCGGAAGUAGAGCUAGAAGGAAGCUACGUCGCCAAAGCAAUCGAAUGGGGCCAGUGGGUAUCCGAGAAUGCGCAGCGGGUAUUUGGAACGCGACAUGCAUUAUCCAUGAAGACAGAGAGCCUGAUGGCCGAAAUUAUCUGUGCCAAGGGCAAAUAUUCAGAAGCUGAGUCGAUUUGUGCAAACGUGCUAGCUCGACAACAAAUGACAAUCGGCGAAGACCACUUCGACACCUUGGAAACGCGUCGCCGAUUGGGUAUGGCAUACAACGGGCUAAAUCGACGAGAGAACGCCCUCAUGACCGCAGAAAAGAUCACGGAGACCUACAAACGUCUGUUAGGCGAUAAUCACAUCAGAGUAUACGCUGCUAUUCUGGACACGCUCGAAUGGGUCCUCUAUAAUCACACGGAAUCCACCUAUGUCACGAUCCACCUGCAACCCGAUGUGAGACAAGCAGUGGAUAUCCUCCCAAGCGUUCACGAGGAGCUCAAAUCCGCUCUAGGACAGGUGCAUCCAGUCACCAUCCGGGCCCUUUCGCUUGUAGGCCGAGGAUUGACGCGCGCACAACAAACCGUCGAAGCAUCUGAGACACUCCGUCGAGCCCUCGCGCUUUCCGAGGAAGCCUUUGGCCCCGACCACCCCCAGACAAUGGAUGUUGUCAGUAGCAUCGGAAUUAUGUAUAUGUUCCAGGGGCCUCAGUACAUGAUUGGCGCGAACACGAGGGCCGAGGCACGUCCAUGGUUGGCUCGCUACCUUGAAUGGACGGAGCGGCGCAGGGGCAUAGAUAACCCAGAAACGCAAAUCAUCCUAGAGAUGCUUGGCAAUGUGCACUUCCAAGCGGCGGAGUACGCACCCGCGCAAAAAUAUUAUGAGCGUGCGUUGGCUGCUUAUGGGGGGACAAGUUCGACUGUGACGCAGCGGAUCAGUACUAAUCUGCAAUUGUGUCGGGCUAAUACCAUGUUUACCAAUCGUGGUACGACAGGAAUCGGAGGGUUUCUGUCCUCUCUGCAGCGGUACUAG